AUGGCUGCCCCUCCAGCCCCUCAAACACAUGAAAGAGCAUUUGGUGUUACCAACAUCAAAUCUCACAUACCUCUCAUCCUGGAUCUUGACGAUCACAAUUACGAUGCUUGGCGUGAACUGUUUAUGACCCAUUGUCUCACGUUUGAUGUCCUUGGUUACCUCGACGGCACUCUUCUUCCGGCUAACGCCAACGACGCUGCCUGGCACAAACGUGAUGGUCUCGUUAAGCUUUGGAUCUAUGGCACGCUUGCUCCUCCACUCUUUCGCUCUUCCUUUGAAACUGGUGGAACCGCACGAGAUGUCUGGCUUCGUAUUGAAAACCAAUUCAGAAACAACAAAUAA